GCCAGGCUGGCCAAGCGUUUGACAGGGAAGCAGAGUCGGCAUACUCUUAAUACAAACAGAACACAAUGGCUUCUAUGCUACUGACCUCGAUGCGUAGCUGCCCUGUCAGCCCUGCCUGGGCCGUGCAGUUUGCUGCUCGCUCUCUCAGUACAACAUCCCAGCUGCAGGCACAGGUUCAGACAAAGAGCAAGAAGACUCUGGCCCGGCCUGGUGUGAAGAACAUAGUGCUGGUGGAAGGAGUCAGAACCCCUUUCCUGCUGUCUGGAACCACAUAUGCCGACCUGAUGCCCCACGACUUGGCCAGAGCAGCUCUACAGGGUCUGCUGCACAAGACAGCUCUUCCAAAAGACGCUGUAGACUACAUCAUCUACGGAACAGUCAUUCAGGAGGUCAAGACAAGCAAUGUAGCAAGAGAGGCAGCACUGGGUGCAGGCUUCUCUGACAAGAUCCCAGCUCACACCGUCACCAUGGCCUGCAUCUCCUCCAACCAGGCUAUGACCUCAGCUGUCGGCAUGAUCGCUGCGGGCCAGUGCGACAGUAUUGUGGCGGGUGGAGUGGAGUUCAUGUCCGACGUUCCUAUCCGUCACAGCCGCAAGAUGAGGAAAACCAUGCUGUCCCUCAACAAGGCAAAGACGUUGGGCCAGAGGCUCAGUUUGAUUGGCAGCAUCCGCCUGGCACAUCUGUCCCCAGAGCUUCCCGCUGUGGCAGAGUUCUCUACGGCAGAAACAAUGGGCCACAGUGCUGACCGUCUGGCAGCUGCAUUUGGGGUCUCUAGAGUGGAGCAGGAUGAGUUCGCCCUGCGGUCACACGGCCUGGCCAAAAAGGCCCAGGACGCAGGACUGCUGGAGGAUGUCAUCUCCUUCAAAGUGCCAGGUCGCGACAUCGUUUCCAAGGACAACGGCAUCCGCCCGUCCUCCAUGGAGCAGAUGGCCAAACUGAAACCAGCCUUCGUUAAACCUCACGGCACAGUCACCGCCGCCAACUCUUCCUUCUUGACUGACGGUGCCUCUGCUGUGCUCGUCAUGUCUGAAGAGAAAGCCUUGGCUAUGGGUUACAAGCCUAAAGCCUACCUCAGAGACUUUGUGUACGUAUCUCAGGACCCCAAAGAUCAGCUGCUUUUGGGGCCAACAUACAGCACACCCAAAGUCCUGGAACGUGCCGGAUUGACCAUGAAUGACAUUGAUGUGUUUGAGUUCCACGAGGCAUUCGCUGGCCAGAUCAUGGCAAAUCUGAAGGCUAUGGACUCAGAUUGGUUCGCCCAGACGUACAUGGGCAGGAAAUCGAAGGUGGGAACUCCUCCCAUGGAGAAGUUCAACCUGUGGGGAGGCUCUCUGUCUUUGGGUCACCCGUUCGGAGCCACAGGCUGCAGACUGGUAACAACAGUGGCACACCGUCUGAAGAAGGAAGGAGGACAGUAUGGACUGGUGGCGGCUUGUGCUGCUGGAGGACAGGGUCACGCCAUGGUGAUUGAGGCCUACCCCCAUUAAAAGAAUGAGCAUGAUCAUUUAUAACCUGAUCUUCAGCCUUAUCGUGACGGCUACACACAACUAACAUCCAGACAACAGAGUGUACAUAUUCGCACCACUUUGCCUUGAGUCAGAUUCAGAAUGUGACUGUGUGUGCUUGCGUGCGUGUGUGUGUGAGGAACUUUGCAUAAAUUCAACUUUGCUUAGAGGCUGUUAAUUUAUAGCAGAAUAAUGUUGAUUUCGUGGACUUCAGGGCGCAUCAUGUUGUCGCGUGCGUUUUGGGUCUAAUGUAACAUAGCAAAGUUUAAGCACUCAGAAGAGCUACAGUGAUGCUGAUGUUUAUAAUAUUUUUUUUUCUUACAAACUGUUGAAAUUAAAUUGUGUGAUAACAACCACACGUUAACUUA